AUGGCGUCUUUCUUUGGUAUGGCUCCUUUUGAUGGAAAAUCCGAUUUUAGUAUCUGGAAGCAGAAGAUGAAGUGCAUUUUAAUUCAGCAACAUGUGUUUAAGGCUGUUGAUCAUUCAUAUGCUGAUAAUGAGACUGAAGAAAAGAAAUCUGAUAUGAAUGAACUUGCAUUGUCCUCUAUCAUACUCAACUUAUCUGACUGUGUGCUUAGAAAAGUAGGAGUAUGUGAUUCUGCUAAAGAUUUGUGGUGUAAAUUGGAAGAGCUUUACACUGAAAAGUCGCUACCAUCCAAAUUGUUUUUACUCGAAAGAUUUUUUCAGUUUGAACUUGAUUUGUCUAAGGAUGUAGACGAAAAUUUGGAUGUGUUUUCAAAACUUGUGCAAGACAUUAAAUUGACUGGCGAUGAACACAUUGAUGAUUAUGCCCCUAUUGUGCUGUUGAAUGCUAUUCCUGAGUCUUACAGUGAUGUCAAGUCUGCUAUUAAGUAUGGUAGAGACAACGUGACUUUUGAUACUGUUGUGAAUGCUUUGAAAAGCAAGGAACUUGAUUUGAAGCAUAAUGUUGGGAGGGAAUCCGAGAUGAAGGUUAUGCAUGUGAGAGAGAGAAAUCAAUUUAGGCCUCAAAAGCAUGCUAGUAACCAAGAUAAUGAUGACACUAAGAAGAAGAAGAAAAAGUCUUAUAAGACAAGGACUAAGAAGUGUUAUAACUGUGGUAAACCAGGUCAUUUUGCUAAAGACUGUCCUAGUUCUAGUUCUAGUUGUAGUUCUAGUUCAGAUGGUGAGUCAGAGUCUGAUGGUGAUUUGCAAAAUGAGCAUGCUAAUUUGGCUUCUUGUAGUGAUAACAUGGGUAAUUUAUUUUCGGUGGUUGGAGCAUGUGAUAACAACCUGUUGAAAUCUAUGCAUUCUGAUUGUCUGUGUGAAAGUGAAUGGCGUGUAGAUUCUGGUUGCUCUUUUCAUAUGUCGCCGUUUAAGAAUCUGUUUUCAAACUUUCAGACUGUUAGUAAUGGCUGUGUGUCUAUGGCAAAUGGUGCAAAAUGUCAUGUUGUUGGCAUUGGUGAUGUGCGUCUUAAGUUUGAGUCUGGAUAUGUUUUCACUUUGAAGCAUGUUAGGUAUGUGCCUGAUUUGUGUUUUAACCUCCUGUCUUGUUCCGCCUUAGAGAGUGAUGGGUUAGAAGGUAGGUGGGGAAAGGGUCAAAUGGAGAUUGUGAGAGGAUCCCUGAUUGUUUUCACAGCUGAAAAAUGUGAUAACAUGUAUGUCUGCCUUGCUGAUCCUGUUACUGUUGUGUCUAACUGUGUGGAUGACACCCAAGUUGAAAAAGACUUGGAUUGGCGUUUGAUCUUUGUGAUUGUCCAACUGUGUGUUGAGUCUGUCCUUCGUGAUCUGCGUGGUGUUUGGACACGGGAUCUCGGCAAUGAUGAAUCCCAUUGUCCUUCUCGUUUGUGCACCACGAUUGGGCCAAAGGUGGAGAUUCUGGAGCUGGAACGUCGCCGCGACGCAGCUGAUCCCAGGGAAGUCACUGCUGCUGUCACGCUCCUGCUGUUGCUGCUGCUCUCUCCCUCCAAAGCUCGAAGAGCUCGUUGGCUUCGUGCUAACGAUGAUGAGUGCUGCAAGUGGCCCGGUGUGGAAUGUGAUGCUGCUGGCUACGUCAUCAGUUUGCAGCUCGAUAAUGAUUCCAUUGCUGGUGAAAUCGCGGAUUCAUCGAGUCUUUUCAAACUUAUGCAUCUGCAAAAGCUAAAUCUAGCCUUCAAUUAUAUCAACUACACUCUCAUUCCAAGAGGUAUUCACAAUCUGACUUAUUUGACACACUUAAAUUUAUCCAAUGCUGGAUUUGGUGGGCAGGUUCCAGCUGAAAUUUCUUCCUUGAGGAGAAAAUGGAGCCACAUUAUAUCAUCAUAUUUACCCAACCUCACCACCUUGAGCUUGCGUUCUUGUGGUUUGUCUGGCCCUUUAGCUAAGUCCUUUGGGCAACUCCAUUCCCUUUCCAUCCUUCGACUAGAUGAGAACGAUCUUUCAACAGAACUUCCAGACUUGUUUGCCAAUUUUCCAAGUUUGACCACCUUGACUCUUGCUAACUGCGGUUUGAAGGGUUCGAUUCCAUCCACCUUUGCUAACCUAACCAACCUGAUUCGUGUCGAUUUGUCAGGUAAUUCAUUCACAGGCUCACUUUCUUCUACGCUGUUUGAAGGUCUUUCCAAUCUUGUUUAUUUAGAUUUGUCAAGUAAUUCAUUCCUUGGUAAUAUUCCCCACUCUCUCUUUGCUCUCCCUUCAUUGUUGGAACUUUAUCUUAGCUACAAUCAAUUUAGUGGCACUUUCCAACUGGACAACUUUCCAAGUCUUUCCAAUCUUACACGGCUUGGUCUAUCUUACAAUAGAUUGUCGGUAUAUGUUGGCAACGUCAAUUCAACUUCAUAUGGAAGUCUCCAACUAAAAGUGUUAGGACUAGCUUCAUGUAACUUGUCCCAUUUUCCUAAUUUCAUCAAAUACUUGGAUAUGGAACUAGUGGACCUCUCAGACAAUCGAAUUGCUGGGGAGAUACCUAGUUGGAUUUGGGGAACACAACUUCAGUAUUUGAACCUCUCUUUCAAUCUUCUAACACAUCUGCAAAAGCCUUACCAUAUCCCUGCUUCUCUUCGAGUCCUAUACUUGGACUCUAACCAGCUCAAGGGUGAGUUGCACCUGCCCAUUCCACCCGAGUCUCAACUCUGGUACUUGUCUGUUGCUAAUAACAGUUUAAGUGGAUCAAUUCCAACCUCCCUCUGCAGUGCCACGAACCUCGAUGUUCUUGACUUGUCUGGCAAUAGAUUAAGUGGCAGCAUACCCCCUUGCUUACUUGAGCAAUACAUUGGAGCGAUCAAUUUGGGGAGAAACAACAUCAGCGGUAGUAUUCCAGAUAAUUUUCCAAUGGAUUGUAGCCUAUACUAUUUGGAUGUUAACAAUAAUACUUUAGAAGGGAAAAUCCCGAAGUCGCUUGAAAGAUGCGUGGAGUUGUACUUCAUGAAUGUUGGGAACAACAACAUCACUGACAGUUUCCCGUGCAUGCUAUCAUCAUCCAGGGGGUGGUUGCAACUUCUUGUUUUGCGCUCCAACAAAUUCCAUGGAGAGGUGAGAUGUCACAACAUGAGCUGGCCAUAUCUCCAAAUUCUAGAUAUAUCUUCCAAUCAUUUCAGUGGGAAUCUGGAAUCGAUAAACUUUUCUAGUUGGAGUUCAAUGUCGGAAUCAGGUCGCAGCGAAUUGUGGAGCUCUAUCAUAACAUUAACCAUUAAAGGGGUAAUCCGUCAGAUUGAUAAGAUUUGGGCAGACUCUGGCACCAUUGAUUUGUCUUGCAAUAAUUUCGGAGGAGAGAUACCAACUGCAAUUGGUGAUUUUGGCUUACUUCAUCUUCUCAACCUCUCCCAUAAUGCCCUCAAUGGAAGCAUCCCAAACUCAUUUGGUCAGUUGAGGAAUCUCGAAUCACUCGACCUCUCAGGAAACCGACUCACCGGGCCAAUACCGGUGGAGCUUGCAGGCCUCUCAUUCCUUUCAGUCUUGAAUCUCUCCUACAAUAAGCUGGUCGGGAUGAUUCCAAAUAGCCGUCAGUUUCAAACAUUUUCAGCUGAUUCCUUCAAAGGGAAUGCGGGGUUGUGUGGUUUCAAUCUCAACAUAAGCUGCAGUCCUACUGAUGGCAGCGAUCAUUUGUGGCCACAAGAAGAUGAAAACGGGGAAGAGAAGAGUGAGAUUGAGUGGGAAUACGUAUCUACAUCGCUUGGCUAUGUUGUGGGCUUAGGAAUCAUUGUGUGGCUACUUUUGUUCUGCCAAAGCUUCAGAGGGAAAUACUUUGGAAAAGUGGAAGAGGUGUUUGAAGAUAUAUGCGAUGCUAGAAUCAGAAGAAGGAGAAGAAGAGGACAUGCAAGAAGAGUAGCACUGAGGAAUCAAGUCAUGAGAAGACAAUAGUGUUGGCAUUAAUUGCUAUUUGGUUUCUUUAAUUAUGCUUGUGUGUGUUUUUGUCUAAAAAAACAGUUGAAGAAGAUGUUUAGGACCGCGUGAUUUAUUCAAGUUUUUAGGUUUUUUGCAUAUCAUUUUGAUGAUACAAUUUUUAUGAUCAUGUGUACACUUAUGAGGUAAUUGGUCUCCUACUAUUUUAUAGCUGCAUUUUGAUC